AUGGCCAAGAAGCAGAUUGCUGUGAUUGGGGCUGGAAUUAGUGGACUGAGUGCCAUUAGGUGCUGCUUAGAUGAAAAUUUGGAGCCCACCUGCUUUGAAAGAAAUGAUGAUAUUGGAGGUCUCUGGAAAUUUCAAAAAAAUACCUCAGAGAAAAUGCCCAGUAUCUACAAAUCUGUGACCAUCAACACUUCCAAAGAGAUAAUGUGCUUCAGUGACUUCCCUGUACCUGAUCAUUUUCCUAAUUAUAUGCACAACUCCAAACUCAUGAACGACUUCAGGAUGUAUGUCAAACACUUUGGCCUCCUAAAAUACAUUCGUUUUAAGACUAAAGUGCGAAGUGUGAGGAAACGUCCAGAUUUUUCCUUCAAUGAACAAUGGGAUGUUGUUGUGGAGGCUAACGGAAAACAGGAGACUUUGGUCUUUGAUGGGAUUUUGGUCUGCAGUGGACAUCACACAGACCCGUACUUACCACUUCAGUCCUUCCCAGGCAUUGAGAAGUUUGAAGGCUGUUAUUUCCAGAGUCGGGAGUAUAAAAGUCCUGAGGAUUUUUCAGGAAAGAGAAUUAUAGUAGUUGGCAUUGGGAAUUCUGGAGUGGAUAUCGCAGUGGAGCUCAGUCAUGUAGCAAAACAGGUAUUCCUCAGUACUCGACGAGGAGCAUGGAUUUUACACCAUGUCUGGGAAAAUGUGUAUCCCAUGGACAGCUCAUUAUUCACUAGGUUCAAUCAUUUUCUCCAGAAAAUUGCAACUACAGCAAUAGUAAAUAACCACUUAGAGAAGAUACUGAACUCCAGAUUCAGUCAUGCACACUAUGGCCUGCAGCCUCAGCACAGACCUUUAAGUCAGCAUGCAACUGUCAGUGAUGGCCUGCCAAACCACAUAAUUUCUGGAAGAGUCCAAGUGAAACCCAACAUGAAGGAGUUCAUGGAAACAGAUGCCAUUUUUGAUGACGGCAGCAUAGAGGAGAAUAUUGAUGUGGUCAUCUUUGCUACAGGAUACAGUUUUUCUUUUCCUUUCCUUGAUGGUUUGAUCAAUGUCACUAAUGAUAAAGUGUCCCUGUAUAAAUUUAUGUUCCCUCCUGACCUGGAGAAGCCAACACUGGCUGUCAUCGGCCUUAUCCAGCCAUUCGGCAUCGUCCUACCUAUUGUAGAACUCCAGUCUCGUUGGGCUACACGAGUGUUCAAAGGCCUAAGCCAGUUACCUUCAGUGAAGAAUAUGAUGGCAGAUAUUGCCCAGAAGGAAAGUGCUAUGGAAAAACGGUAUGUGAAGACACCCCGCCACACCAUCCAAGUGGAUCACAUUGAGUACAUGGAUGAGAUUGCCGCCCUGGUGGGCGUGAAGCCAAACCUGUUAUUCCUCUUUCUCUCAGAUCUAAAGCUGGCCAUGGAGGUUUUCUUUGGUCCAUGCACACCGUACCAGUACCGCCUGCAUGGGCCAGGGAAGUGGGCUGGGGCCCGGAAAGCCAUCCUGACUCAGAGAGAGCAGACCAUCAAGCCCCUGAGGACUCGGAUUACUAGUGAGGACAGCCACUCAUCCUCACCACUCUCUUGGAUAAAGAUAGCACCUGUUGGCCUUGCAUUUCUGGCUGCUGGCUUAGCAUACUUUAGAUAUAUUCAUCAUGGUAAACGGAAAUAA